UGACUGUGUCGUUAGUGUGUGCUUGGUCGUGCUUGUGUAACUAAACCGCUAUUUUAGACUAAAAAGCAGUAUAAUCGAAUCUACAUCUACCAACAACUCCAAAACCAACAAAAGAAAAGCUACAAAAAAUCAAACACAACUCAUCAAUAUUGUUUCUUUACAAAACUACAACUGGGAAAAUACUCAACAAUUUUUACCAAAUAAAAAGCGUAUAUUCCGAGGAAAGCGAAAACGAAGCACAGCAAAGCCACGGCGCCGGAGGCAGUUUCAUCUUCUGAACAAAAAUAAGCGUAGCGGUGAAAACGAUGCACGAAUAAUCGUAAUCGAAAUUUCAAAUCCUUGCAGGACUGCGCAAGGGAUGAAAAAGUAAAGCGGGCGGUGGACCUCGUACGUCGAGAUAAGGGAUUUACAAAAAAAUAGAAACACCGUACGAGAGAGCGAAAGCGAGAGUAACGAAGCGCGAAGGAGAGAAACAACUAGAAGAAAGCCUUAUGAACCGUAAAAAAUUGUGAUCUCCAGUUUUCUUUUCAUUUUUUCGUCGAAAACGAACUUCAAACAAAAAAAUAGUGAAGAAUCAUACGCGCGCACUCUGCCGGCAGAAAACAAAAACGGAAAUAACGUAAAUGACCCUAUCGACGGAUUUAAAACCCUUGAAUACGUUGGAGCAUACAAAGUAAGCAGCGCAUAGCAGCAAUAGGAAGCGACGUGAAGCGAAGCAGUGCCGCAGAGUGGAUAAAGUUGGUAGUAAAAGUGCACAAGUGAGAUUCGAUCUACUACUACGACGACGACGACUACAGAAAAAUAGCAUUCAGUAACACAACCACCUAAUUCUUGAACAUUAACACAAAGAACAACUUAGCACGCAUUUACGACAUUUUGAUUCCGCACGCAAGCAAGCGGCGGGGGUACGCUGAAGGGCGCUAACCUGCGACAGGGCAAACGACGACCGAACCGAGCGAGCAGAGUGAAUGAAAGCGGUCAGUCGAACGACCAUAAACCCAUCCAUACCCGAACGCGAGUUUGUUUGCGCGACACCUAGCAAGACCGAACGGUGCAACGGAAGAUCAGCAGUCAUAGAACAAGCAGAACAACAUCAUCGAGUGAAGGCAACAAAAUUGCAACACCCAUCACUAGUGGGAGAUAAGAGAAACACAUCAAGUACCAUAGCAGCCCUCGACUGUACAGCUCAGUCGAAUGACCAAACACACGAGCCUGAGGCACGGGGAACUAAUCACAACUAAUCGAACGAGUCAAAUGCAACAGAAGUUAUAACACCAAAACCGGGAAUUCGCCAACACACUUGCACCGGUGAAGCAGAAGCAGGACGGUCCAUACCGUCGAACAGACAGGACACAGCGACAGAUCAGUCAGAACUGCAGCAGCAUCCCCGAGCAAAGCAGUGAAAUACUAGUUCAGUGUAGUGUUUAUAUCGAACAUAUUUUCCUUUGCCUGGACGAAAUCUCCACUGGUCGUGGGCAAUACGUUAGUGAAAGUACUUUACUUUUUUUGCGUUCAACGUGCAUCCCUUCACGACGUUUGCAUAUUCUAUUUAACUGUUCCAUCUGCAAAACAUCAAAACAACCGGUACGUGAGAGGUGCAAACAUAUUCUCGUCGGUUGACCCUUUCGGUGCCGUGCCGGCAAGGUGGUCGUGUGUGUAGCACAACAACGAUAGCAAUAGCAUAGGAGCUGUCAACGAGCUAUCGAGAUUCGCGACAGCGUGCAGAUAAUUAUACCGGUUGUAAGCGGUGAUGUGGGCGUGUGCAAGUAGUGUGUAUUGACGAAAGCGAAGAGCGUUUAGAGGAUAAAGUUGAUAGCAGAGUGUAACGUCUAAUAGAAGUACAAAAUAAGAAACGCUGGAAGCCGGAUAAAGCACGGAGGGGAAUGCCAUCGAAAUUGGUAACCGUUGGGUGCGAGCAUCGCCAUUAUUGAAAGAGACACAGUGUCGCGGAAGUGGAAUACAAACGAAACCGUACAGCAAUAUUUUCAUGCUUGCUAUAAACAAUCCAACUGUUUGAUGUAAGCUACAAAUUUAGUGAACGUAUCACUUAGUCUGCCCCAGUGUGUGUGUGUGCAUUGGACGAACUAUCAGCGAAGCAAAAAUCCAAAACAAACCACGCACAUAAGUAUACUUCACCCGUUUUGUCACUCGACACUAUACUCCCCAAUCGAUAGCAGACAGAAAAGCGAGCAGAAGGUACCCGCCGGGGUAGCUAAGGCCCCCCCCCAACCUGCUGGAGACUGAUUUCUCGUGACACUUGAGGCGAACCGUUCGGAUUUUCUUGAUUGCCGCGAAGUGUUUACGGAACAGUGAAGUCCUUAGUAGUCCAUGCAUUACACGGUGUUUUUCGGUUUUCCUGGCUAGCAUCACAAAGAAGGCGGUGAAGUCAGAUUCAGUGGGCGCGACGGUGAACGGACAAGACUGUAUUAUUACGAGCCACGUGGAAGGUUCUAAAAAGUGAAAAUCGAAAGCGAGAGAGAAAAAAAUACAAAUAAAACCAUUCUGUGAUAAAAAUUUAAAAAUAUAACAAAAUAAGCAUAUGUUUAUUAAAGUGAAACUAAGUUAGGCUUACCGUAACCAAAAUACCCAGAUGGUGAAACAAACGGAGGAAAAACAAGAUAUAUUAAAGAAAACUCCACCACACCACCACGUGGGACAAACGUGCGGACAAAAGUGAUGAAGAACGCUGAAUUAUUAAACAAAAAAAUCGUCUAGCAAAUAGCGCUAAAAGAACAACUGAACCAAAACCGCGUCAAUGCAUUCGGGAAGUAAUCGGUAUAUUCAUAGAGUGUACGUUUAGGCGAUCAUCAAACACUAUCCGCGUAAGAUUAAACUCAGCAAGUGCUGGUUCUGUGAACAAAACCGAACUAUACGUUUGUGUUUGCAUUUAGAAAAAAAAAAUAGACUCGAUCACCAUUCUUCAUUUGGUCGCAUCUCUUUCCGUUCGGCCUUUGACGGAAAAGGUAUCGGUUUUCCGGUUUCCAACCAACCAUACCGGUCAGUGCAAAUUCAGCUUUCACUUUAAACAUCCUGCGUCGCGUGCUGAAUCUCCGGCAGUCGGUUCCAUUAGUGCGUGCGUGAACUAUAAUUGCGGAUGCUGUAAAUCUGUCCGUGUUGCAGAACUAACCUCAGCUCCCAACCUGAAUCAUCAGGCCUCAAGCGUAAAGUAAACGAAAUCAAAGUGUGAUUUUUUUCUGUGAAAAUACAUUGUGAAAACCGCCGGGUGCAUCCUCCCACCCCCAAAACUCUUCGGUAUUCUGUUAAACGCUUUCCGAGCUAAGUCUAGUAAUUAUUUUCGUUAACAAGUUGGUAGAGCGUUCGAACUGCACAAAGGACACUUGGCAGAGACACACGCACACCACAGUCCGUUCAGGCCGUCGUUGUUGCAUUGCUAAAGCUCUGAACGAAAGCAAACAAUAGACCAGACCGAUUGGAAGUCGAUAAAUCAAUCUGCUUGGCACCAGCAAAACCGAAGCGUUUCUUCAAAGAAGAUAAAAAAAAACAGCAGCCACUGCAUCUGAUGGGUGAUGUUUAGUUUCGAUAAUUGUUAUCACGUACGAAAACAAUAAAAGUCGUUUGAGUUUUGAACAAACACUACGGAAAACUAAGAACCAAAAGCGUCGAGUGAGGAGCUUCGAGCCACAGGGGGAAACUCUCUCGGGUGUGUGUUAACUUUACACAUCGUAAACCGCAAUCCUGUCUCUAAAUAUUAGCUGCGCUACAAAAAUUAAAAUAUUCAACAAAAUAAAUAAAAAAAAAACUAGUGAUAUAUUCGCAUUUGCUGACAUAUGAUAACGAAAAGCAGUGGGAAAAAGAAGUCAAGAACUGUAUGAACACAAUCGAUGCAACUAAAGCAAACUGCGCUGUAACCGAAAUAAACACGGAUAUCUUAUAAGGCUGAAUUGUGAAUACAACAGAAACCAAACUAAACGAUAAAUAAGCAGAAGCAAGAAGAGACAUUAAUAUUCGAAACAAAUAUUAAAAAACACACAACUAAACGCUAUAGAUCUAAGUGUCGUGCGUCGCUGAACUAAAUAAGCUGUUGAAACAACAUCAAAGAGAUAGAAAGCAAAGGACUUAUAGAGCAGAAAAGUGCUGUCCAAGCUAUAAAUCCCGCUAAUCGGUUAGAGUGGCUAGUGGCAGUGGCUCCAAUUAUCCCCUUACGCGUCAACGUUCUGUCGAGCAAACGACUAGCAACAAAGCCAAAGGAUAUAACAUCAAUCCACGUGACAAAUUCCUGUUCUCGAGCGACACAAUUCUUGCGAAAUUAGUCCGACAUCGAUAGGAGGCGGCGUGUGAACGGUGACAAGUGGAGGAAGAGCCGAUCCGUUUCUAUCCUUAACAAGGGAAAGUUCGAGUGUUACCACGACCGUCGUUGACCUUGCAUCUGCCGAAUUCCGUUUUUGGAAAUUGUAAUUCGUGUGCGUGUGUAUCUGCGUAAGAAGUGAAAAGGUCCCUUGCGAAGGAAGGAACAAUUUUUGUGUCAACGACAACCGCAAUGGGAAGUCAGACAAAACCGUUCCGAUCGGCCGAUGCGCCGUUCAUGGAUUACGUUGCCUACGGCCAGCGGAGUGAUGUGUUCUUCAGUGGCCAAGCGAACCAACCGCCCGCCCCGAGGCAGUCGAUAAACCCGUCGAAUGUGUUCCCACCGAUUGGCACCUUUAGCCUCGAGUCGACCACGAUGGCUGCCCCGAGCCAGGGCGUUUUCGGGGGCGGCGACGCAAUGAGCGUGAUGGGUAGCUCCGGUUCGACCGGCUCGAUCGGCGUGUUCAACGCGAACGCCAUCGCGAUGAACGUCCCGAACAGCAUGGGCGGCAAUGCGAACAACUCCUACUCGACCCAGAACAACAGCAAUGGCGUCGACGCUAGCCAGGGCACACGCGAGACUGGUAUCAUUGAAAAACUACUGCAUUCGUAUGGGUUUAUCCAAUGCUGCGAGCGACAAGCUCGGCUCUUCUUCCACUUCUCGCAGUUCGGGGGCACGAUCGAGCACCUGAAGAUCGGCGAUCCGGUCGAGUUCGAGAUGACGUACGAUCGUCGCACCGGCAAACCGAUCGCCAGCCAGGUCACGAAGAUCGCACCGGAGGUCGUGCUGUCGGAGGAGCGCGUAACAGGCACCGUGACGACCGAGCUGAAGAGCGAAUCCUCCACCGGCACGACCAGUUCGUCCACCUCGAGCGACACCACAACCGGGCGUAUCAGUUACGAGAAUCGUGGCGAAUGUUUCUUCCUACCUUAUACCAAAGAUGACGUCGAAGGCAACGUGUCGCUGCGUGCGGGUGACAAAGUCAGCUUUCAGAUAGCUACGAACCAACGGGGUAACCUGGGUGCAUGCCAUAUUCGACUGGAGAACCCGGCCCAUCCGGUCAAGUACCGUGGCGUCGUUUGCUCGAUGAAGGAUACGUUUGGUUUUAUCGAGCGGGCCGACGUGGUGAAGGAGAUCUUCUUCCAUUUCUCCGAGGCGGACAACACCAUCGAACUGCGCCCGGGAGAUGAUGUGGAGUUUAUUAUUCAGACAAGAAAUGGUAAGGAAGUGGCAUGCAAUAUCGCCCGCCUGGCACCCGGUUCGGUUAUCUUCGAGGACGUCGAUACGACCAUCUACAAGGGACAGGUGCUGAAGCCGCUCGAUCGCAACAAUCCGGCCCGGCAGCAGACGAACGAUCCGCUCCCGGGACGCAUCCGGUACCGGGCAGCCGACCAUUCGGAGGUAGAGGUUCCGUUCGGCGACAAGGACCAGAAGGGUGACUACACGCUGCGCCACGGUGACUGGGUGCAGUUUCUGCUGGCGACCGAUCGGCGAGAUCAGCUGCAACGGGCAACGUCGAUCUCCCUGCUGGACGAAACAUUCCAAGUGAGCGGCGAGAAGCGCGAGCAGGGCGUGGUGGUAUCGCUUAAAGAAGGCUUCGGCUUUUUGCGUUGCGUCGAGCGCACUGUUCGUUUAUUUUUCCAUUUUACUGAAGUAUUGGAUACGAGCCGCGAAAUUUGCGUCGAUGACGAAGUCGAGUUUACCGUCAUUCAGGAUCCGGGCUCAAGCUUCGCCAACAACCGCCAGAGCGGCAUCCGCAUCAAGCACCUGCCGGUUGGCACGGUCAAGUUUGAGACGCUCGUCGAGAGCAACGUCGAGGGCGUCGUAUCCCGUGAGGCACCGAAAAGCCCGAUCAAAUCGCAGGAGCGCACCGAGGGUGGCGUCAUUACCUACGGCCAAGGUCCAAACAAAAAGACUAUAAUGUAUUUCUUGAAAGAUUGUGAUAAGCCACCACGUGUGGGUGAUAAAGUAGGGUUCAAUAUUUGUCAGGUAAAACGUAACAAAGAGUUGAUCGCAACAAACAUUCAAGAGAUCACGUCGAACACACAACAAGCGCAACCACAACUGCAACAGCAGCAGCAGCAGCAACAACAGCAACUACUGACGCAGCAACAGCAGCAAAACUCCACUGUCGUCGACUCACAGCUCACCAUUACUACGCUUCAAUCAUCCCAAUCACCGACGGCAGGGCUUAGCAAUGGCACACGUGCGAAUGGAAAUUCCGUUUUGAAAUCCAACUACACCAACGGGAACAUAAAACCCGGAAAGAUUCACCAUGGAUUCAUUGCCGUUUUGAAGGAAAAUUUUGGCUUCAUCGAAACAGUCGAGCACGACCAGGAGGUGUUUUUCCACUACAGCAACUUCGUCGGCAACAGUAACACGCUGGAGCUCGGCCAGGAGGUGGAGUACACGCUCUCUACGCGCAACGCCAUCAAUGCCGGCAACUGCAUUCCGGCGGAGAACGUGAAGGUACUGCCGAAGGGUACUAUCCAGCAACCGAAGAUUCUGCCGGCCGGUUUCAACGGUUCGGUGCUGCGCCCACUGCGCUGCAUCAACCCGGACCAGGUCGAGUACUGUGGUUUGGUGCAGGUGAAGAACGAAAACGGCGAUUCGCUGUCGACGCACGAGUUUGGCAUCACCAGCCUCAAGAACAAACGAGAUCUGUUGCAGAAGGACGAUGUGGUCACGUUCAAGAUCGAUGAGCUCAGUCGUGCGAUGGAGAUCGCCCCCGUUCGCACCAAGAAGCAAGCAAAGGUGGACUCCAUUAAGGGGCAAUUCGGAUUCUUGGACUUUGAGGUGGACGAGGGAAAGAAGUUGUUUUUCCAUAUGUCCGAGGUGCAAGGCAAUGCCAACCUCUAUCCAGGCGAUUCAGUAGAAUUUUCGAUCGUCACUAACCAGCGCAAUGGCAAAACAUCUGCCUGCAAUGUAAUUAAAUUGCUGGAUGCCAACGGACCACGGCCGGAGCGGCUUAUUUCUCGUAUCAAGCUGAACUCUGUAGAUGACAACGGACCACGUCUAACGGUCAUUCGUGCCCCGAAGGGACCGGACGGUACAAAAGGCUUCCAGACAUCGGCCAGAUCCCCUCGAGCAGUUGGCAAAUGCGUGGAAUAAAAGUAGUCAGAUAGAAAACAGUAAAACAGCAAUGCUGAUUGUAACAAAAAAAAAAACAAUUGUAUCGAUUAUUACUAUUAUAUUAGUUUCUACAAGUGCUAACGUUAAUUUCUGCAGCCGGUUAUAGUUAGGCAUACACAUAUUACGAUUACUAUUAUGUUCUUGGGAAAAUUAAACUCAAAUAGGUUUGAUUAUUGGAUCGGUUAUAAUGAUGAAACAAAACAAAAAUGAAAGCAACAACAAGAAAAAAGCGAGAACGUGCAACCAAUUAUGCAUCGGUGAAACUUAUGUUAAAACUCUUAUAAUGAAUCAAAACACAUUGUUUACACUACAACAAUGGUACAUGUGGAAACGAAACAAACAAACAAAAUUACGCUUAUCAUUGCGUUUAUUUUUUCACACUGCCAACGCAUAAUGUGUGAACUAAAAAAAAAAGGAAAACAGGCGGUGAACAUUCAAUCGGAAUGGUAAAUAUUUAGAAAAAAAAAGAAAGAUUAGGCUCAUUUUGUUUAGCAUGCAAACGAUAUUUAAUAUUUCAUUUAAAACAAAACAAAAACAUAAUGGCAUAGUUUGUACGACCACAAACAUAUACCGCACGAUCACGUGCGUAUUUUCGUUAACCGCUGUAUUUGAGGAAACAAUUGAUUAGUUAUUUAGCUGUAGCAUUCAUCCUGCUAGGGGUGGGUUGGUCUCUGAUGUUAUUCAUGCCAUCACCUUCUUAAUAAGUUGCUAGUGUAAACGUAAUGUAAAGUGUCUUUUUUUCUCUCUUUGAAUCGGUGCACUAUGCAACUAAGCGAAACUUCUGAUGUUUUUUUUUUUGCUUUAAGGCCGUUGUAUGUAAAAUCGGAUUAGAUGGAAUUUUGUGUGCUCACAGUAGCACUUUGAGUAACGAGCAUUCGGAAAGUUUAAGUGUUAUAAGUCGAGACGGGCUAUUAGAUAAACAUCUGAAUCGUCUGUAUUUUCUUGUAGAGAGCUUGCAAUACUCCUACCCAUGUCUAAUGCCCAGCAUAGAACGCCCAAUGGAAAAAAAUAACAAAAAUGUUAAAAAGAAGUUUCGAUAUGUUUGCAUUUGCAAUAUAAAGAUGGUCAAAUUGAACCAUUCAACAAGUUAAAAAUACACACACAUCAUUGGAAAUAGGUCCUUAAGCUGAUAAGAUAAACAUGAAUCUAAUUCAUUACCUCUCCCUCUUUCCAUCUUUUCGAUGUCCUGAAUCAAAAUAUGCCUUCCGUUUUGUUCCGGCAUGUAUUUUCUUUCCUUUCCAACUACUACCAAAUGAUUUGCUCAUGUACCUUUAAAGGCUUUCCCUUUCCUCUACGAAUUGUGUUAUGUAAGCAGCAGUAACAAUACAAACUUGCGCGCCUAUUGCAAGUUAUUUCUCUUCUUAUUGAAGAUCCUAUUUUAAAACUAGUGAAAAAAAUACCACUCUCGACCGCGUGGGAAAAACUCACAAAAAGAAAAAAGUAAACAGACACAGUUGAGCGGCUCGCGGAAAUGUUUUAAUUUUGAACAUGAAAAAUGUUUACUACACUUGUAUUUUGCCACAAAACCUCGCUCGGUGGUAGAAGCUUAUUCGUUUUAGUUUUUCCUUCCCCCCAAAUCGUUGGGUGCUAGCCGAAACUUUGGGAAUAAAUAAGCAACAGGAGAUAGGAUCAAUGCGCAUGGAGAAGCAAAACAAAAAAAAAGAACACAAUGCAACAAAACCGUACUAUUUUAAAAAUUACUUAUGUUAUGCUAUGGAAUAAGUGGAGAAAACAAAAC